AUGGCCCUGACUGCUGUGCUGUGGUAUCCUGGUGAUUGAGGCCUGGCUGUUGGCCAGCUUUGCUGCUGACCCUGGCAGACACUGUGGCUACAAGAGGGCAGGAUGGGAGUGACAGCGUUGGCAGCGAGCAGGGGCAGGAGGCCAGGAGCAGUCCACAGUCCAGCCUUGCUUCACCUGUUGCUGCUGCUGCUGCUGGGACACCGAGGCCGUGCUGGAGAAUGCAAGGGGCACCGACAGGAACUGAGCCAGCAGCCGGGCUACGUGACCGACGGCCCAGGAAACUACUCCGUCAGUGGCAACUGCGAGUGGCUGAUCCGAGCCCCGAACAGCAGUUUCCGCAUCAUUCUGACCUUCAUGUUCCUGGACACGGAGUGCGCCUACGACUACCUCUUCAUUUAUGAUGGUGACUCCUACAGCAGCCCCCUGCUCGCCAGUCUCAGUGGCAACACUCUGCCUGAACCCAUCGAAGCACGGUCUGGAAAGAUGCUCCUCCACCUGUUCAGUGAUGCCAAUUACAACCUGCUGGGCUUCAAUGCCACCUACACGUUCACGCUGUGUCCCCGGGGAUGCUCUGGGCAUGGGACAUGUGACCUCUCUGGGAGCUGCACCUGUCAUUUUGGCUGGAGUGGAGUGGCCUGUAAUAUCCAGAACUGCAGUGAUACCUGUGGGCCCUAUGGACACUGUGUGGCAGCUCAGCAUUGCCAGUGUCAGCCAGGGUUCAUCGGUCACAACUGUGACCUUUCUCUCAAUGACAACCAGAGCGCAGGGAGUUGGUACAAUGUCAGCAGGUCAGACCCAGAGUUUACAGGACGCACAGCAGCUGCUGGAACCUACCUCAACACCACCAACUCUCUCUACAUCUUCGGGGGGUUUGAUCUGAACCAAGUCCUGGGUGACCUCGUUCGAUAUAACUUCACGAGUAACCAGUGGUACCGGAGUACAGCCCGUCCGUCUCCGCCGGCCCGACACUCUCACAGUGCCGUCGAGUGGAGGGGCCGCCUGCUGAUCUUUGGUGGCCAGUUGGCGAAUGGCUCGCUGCUCAGUGACGUCUGGCUGUAUGAGGCUGUCCCCGAGAGCUGGAAGCUGCUGUCAGCAUCGACCUCUCUCACUCCACCCGGACUGGCUUCCCACGCAGCCACCCUGGUCGAUCACUAUCUGUAUGUGUACGGGGGCCGGACGGAUGUUGACCGGUUCAGUUCUCGGAUGUUUCGGUUUAAUCUUCUGAACUGGAUCUGGGAGGAGGUCGUUCCGACUGGAGGGAAGAGCCCAGCCAUAGCUGCUCACUCCAUGGUUUUCCACCCGGCAUCACGGACAUUACUGAUCUUCGGGGGACAUCGGGUCUCUCCCCGGUUCAGCUUUCGGACGAACACGACCAAUAUCUUCCACGUGGACGAGCGAUACUGGACCGAGCUGCGAUCCACUCCAUCUCCCAGCAGCCCUCGGGAACGGGCCUUUCACACUGCCACCAUCGUUGGCAACUAUAUGGUGGUGUACGGUGGGAACGUACACAUUCACUAUCAGGAGGAGAAGUGUUACGAUGGAGACAUUUUCUUCUACCAUCUGGACUGUCACCAGUGGGUCUCCAGCGAAGAGCUCCGGCUCUCGGUCAGUGCCGGGGACGGGCCGCAGAGUCAAUCCUUCCGUGGAAGGUAUUCCCACGUAGCAGCGCUGAUGAAUGGGAAUAUUCUGCUGGUUGCUGGCGGUUACAGUGGCUACCCGAUGGGUGACCUCGUUGCCUACAAGGUCCCCAUCUUCGUGUCGCAGGUCUUAGUCCAAAACGUACACCUGGAUUACUGCUCACUGUACAGGCUGGAGGCUGCCUGUAACAAGGACCCAGAGUGUGUGUGGUGUCAGGCCCAGUGUCAGAGUUAUCAGCAGCACAGUCCGUGUCCACACGUGGCGUGCCUUGGGUUGGCGAAACAGCUGUCAGAUUGCCAGGCGUGUCUGGUGUUCGGACAGAGCUGGGAGUCUCUGCCUCAGGCUCCAGUCUCCCUCGGAUGGUGUGUUCAGACCAGCACCUGCCUCCCUGUCACAGAUCAGGCCAGCUGUCAGGUGGAUCCGGUCGCAGGGAUCGCCGGCUGGUGGGGAUCAGACACCACCUUCAUUACAGCACUGCAGCAGUGUCAGAGACUCAACUUCCAGCCAGGCCUCCAUCUGGUAACCUACCUGAACCCACCAAACAUCUCCCAGCCAGACAAGGUGGUGGUGAUGCGGAGAGCCGUGUUUGUGGAGAAUCCGAGUGUGGAGCUGGAGGAGCUGAUGGUUUUCCAGGGAUUUGUCCACCCACUGUUCGACUCCCCGUCUCCCUCCGACAGCGUCAUGGUCAAACUGCAGCUUCAGCGGCUCAACGUCGUGGCAAAGAUUGGCCGCACUGCCAACAGCCUGGAGAUG